UCUUGUUGAAGUUUAGAACUAUUUGCAGCUAAUAAGAAAUAAUACUAAUCCCUAGAAGAUCUCUGUUAUGUUAUUGCAUGCGUUGCUCUUAGAAGUAAGAGUUAACAUGGCAUCCACUCGUGACAUCGUACCCUUGUACGCAACACUCCUCGACGCUUGCUCUUCCACCAAAAACCUCCAAAAUCUCAAACGUCUUCACGCCCGAACAAUUAGACUCGGCAUUUCACCUCACGACUUCAUCCGAACUAAGCUCAUCUCCUCCUACGCCUCCUGUGCCCAACUUCACCAAGCUAACCUUCUUUUCUCCUUUGCCACUCGCCGACCCACUUACCUUUUCAACACUCUCAUCAGAGCCUACUCAUCUCUCAGUCUCUUCUCUCACUCUCUCUCCCUUUUUCGCCAAAUGCUCCUUGCUGCCAAACCCAUUGACCGCCACACCUUGCCCGUUGUGCUUAAAUCGUGCGCCGGGUUAUCGGCUCUACGGCUUGGCCGGCAAGUCCACAAUGCGGUUUUGGUUAAUGGGUUUACCUUAGAUUUGGGAAAUUCGAACGCGUUGAUAACAAUGUAUGUUAAGUGUGGUGAUUUGGAAAAUGGGCGUAAGGUGUUUGAUGGAAUGCCUGUGAGGAAUGAGAUUUCUUGGUCAGCGAUGAUGGCAGGGUAUGGGAUGCAUGGGUUGUUUAGUGAAGUGUUUGGGUUGUUUGAUAGAAUGUUGGAGGCUAAUGAGAGGCCGGAUGGCGUGACUUUUACGACGGUACUGACAGCAUGUAGUCAUGGUGGUUUGACAGACAGAGGGAGGGAGUAUUUCAAGAUGAUGCAGGGGAGGUUUGGGGUUAAACCAGGGCUGGAGCACUAUACGUGUAUGGUGGAUAUGUUGGGGAGGGUAGGCCAGGUGGAGGAAGCGGAAAAGUUGAUUUUUGGAAUGGAGAUAGAGCCUGAUGAAGCUCUUUGGGCCGCAUUGUUGGCUGCUUGUAGAAUUCAUGGGAAGCUGGAGGUGGCUGAGAGGGUGGCAGAGAAGGUUUAUGGGAAGCAAUUGAGUGUAGAAUCUUUGUGAAUCAUUUUCCUGCAUGGACUUAAGAUUGUUGCUUGAAUGAGUUCUAUAGUUCAAGAAGCUAUGUUGGGGAAGACAUUUUGACUUCUUGGAUCACCAUGAAAAUUGAAAGUCAUUUCUGGAGCUGAAGCAUUUAGCAAGCGAACAGAUAAGAGUGCUCAUUUCACCUUUGCCAGCUUCUUCUUUUGAGAAAUACCUUUUGGUGGCAACUCAUGGAAAUGCCAUAUCAAAGUAUACCAUAAAUUCUUUGGUUUCUUUGCUCUUCCUUUGCAUGGUUUAAGUGUUUCUUGAUGACCUUGCUAUCAAUAUUUAAGUGAUAUUGAUCGGUGAGGGAUGAUAAGAACACGCUACAAGUUGUUACAUUGACCAGAAGAUAAAAGGGGUUGGUAUUUCAUGAGUGGUAGAAGAGCUGAACUGAAGCUACUAUUAAAAUGUCCAAAAUUGGGGAAAGGAGCCGUUCGGAUAGUUUGGCCAACAAAUAGAGAUCAUUAUACUUUUCAAGAAUAUAUUCAUAAAUUUUAAGACUAUGACGAUGUAUUGGCUUUCAUUCACCUUCACAUUCAGGCUUCAUUAUGAUUGGUUCCCUCAUGGCAGUUAUCGCCAGCCACAAAUUCGUGAAUGCUACAAUCAAUUUCAAUUGAACUAGAUCCCGGUUUCUUUUGUAUUCCACGGGCC